UUCAUUACCGUCAAAGUCGUGUCUUCCGGAUGAAAAGGGAAUCCAUUGCACAUGGUUCUAGUACGUUUCUCGGUGCCAAGGUUUCACGGCGAUCAAAGAUCUGAUAAGUGCCUCAUGUCAGAGAAGAUUGUUUGGUUUAUGGCUUUUUUACUAUAAAUACUUUGUUCGUUCAUCUAAUGUUUUCUCCCUCUCCCUUCCAUGUUUCUUUUUUACUCUUUGUCUCAUAUACACAUACAUGUAUAAUGCGGUCGUAUUUGGUUUUUGCGAAUAGUAAUAUGUAUUGGCUAUUUUUUCAUGAUUUUCGGAAAUCGAAGACAGGUUCAGACACUUACUCUGUCAAGAUCAACCAUCACCUCGUCUGUCAAAAGAUGUCGAAUUUGCAGAGCCUGAAUAUUCUCCUUGGCUUGCGCCGGUGUGGAGGCUCCGAUGAUCACGGAAGAAAUGUGAGGGUUUUUCAGGCACCAUGCAAUGGCCAGUUGCGCCGGUGUACAGCCUAAUCGCUGAGCAAUCGCCUGUGAUGACGGUGCCCAUGUUAACAACUACAUCCCUGAGCUCCCGAUAGAUUUCGCAUCUCGUACACUUACACACAUGGUUUUGAUUUUCUCC